AUGAAUAUGAACAAAUUCAUGAGGUGGAGGUGGAGGUGGAGGUGGAGGUGGACGAGCUCUUUAUCCGGCUUUCUGCUCGUCGUUUCUCGUCACAGACAACGCAACUUUUGCACCCACCAACAUCCCUCCUACAAAUUCAACCCUCCAUUUUCUUCACCUUCAACCAAAAUCUACAAUAUCAGAUUAACUAAUCUAGGUCGCGUCGGGAGAGUCCAUGAAGCGCGGAAACUGUUUGAUGAAAUGCCUCACCGAGACGUUGUUUCCUACGUUUCUAUGAUCACUGUCUACAUAAAGAACAAUAAUCUCUUCAAAGCUGAAGGUCUCUUCCGUGCAAUGCCGGAGAGGAAUAUAGUCGCUGAUUCUGCAAUGAUUAAUACUUACGCCAAAGCUGGCCGCAUGGACGAGGCUUGCAGAAUCUUUUAUCAAAUGCCCCACAGGAACGUCUACUCAUGGACCAGUUUAAUUUCUGGGUAUUUUAGGAAUGGACACGUCCGUGAGGGGCAGAAGCUCUUCAAUCAAAUGCCUGGUAAGAACGUAGUUUCUUGGACUGCUGUAGUCCUAGGCUAUGCUCAUAACGGUUUGAUUGAUCAAGCACGGGCUAUUUUUGAUCAGACUCCCAAUAAAAAUGUUGUUCUGUGGACUGCCAUGAUCAAGGCAUACAUCGAUAAUUGCCAAACUGAUGAAGCACUUAAAGUCUUCAUUGCAAUGCCACAGCGUAACAUAUACUCAUGGAACAUAAUGAUUCAAGGUUGUUUUAAGGACAACAGAACUGAAGAAGCUAUUGGGUUAUUUGAUUCUAUGCCUAGAAGAAAUGCUGUUUCUUGGACUACUAUGGUCACAGGAUUGGUGCAAAAUGCCUCAAUCGAACUUGCCAGGCAGUACUUCAAUCAGAUGCCAAAAAAAGAUAUAGCUGCAUGGAAUGCAAUGAUAACUGCCUAUGCUGGUGAAGGUCUAAUGGCUGAAGCCAGUGAGCUUUUCCAUACAAUGCCUCAAAGAGAUAUCGUAAGUUGGAAUGCAGUCAUUGGUGGUUAUGCCAAAGGACUAAGAGGUCCCAAGGGCGAGGCCUUCAAACAUCUAAUCCUACUGCUUCAGUGUUGUUUUAGACCAAAUGAGUGUACUAUCACCUCUGUGUUGAUCUCAUGUGAGGACUGCCUGGGGCUAUCACAAAUUCAUACACUUGCAGUACGGCUUGGAUUUGGAGCUGACAUAUCACUUACAAAUGCUCUUAUCACUAUGUAUGCCAGAUGUGGGGAUCUUGGAUACGCCCAACUUGCUUUCGAUACUUUAGAGACAAAGGAUAUAGUCUCCUGGACAGCAAUGAUGUUAGCAUAUUCCAGUCAUGGCUUUGGUGCUCAUGCUAUAGAAAACUUUGCAAGGAUGCUGCGACUAGGAAUUAAGCCAGAUGAAAUUACUUUUGUGGCAGUCUUGACGGCCUGUAGUCAUACUGGUCUUGUGAGCAAAGGAUGGAGGUUCUUCAAUUCAAUGAUGCAUGCUUAUAAGUUGGAACCAAGAGCUGAGCACUAUGCCUGCCUUGUUGACGUCCUAGGUCGAGCUGGGCAAGUAGACAAGGCUUUGAAACUGGUUUGCGAAAUGCCUCCUGAUAAGCGUGAUGCUGCUGUUUUAGGAGCACUACUUGGUGCUUGCAAAUUGCAUGGGGAUGAUGUAGUUGCAAAAGAAAUAGGACAGAAAGUAAUAGAUCUUGAACCAAGUGAAUCAGGAGGGUAUGUAGUAUUGGCAAAUGUAUUUGCAGCAUGUGGAAAAUGGGAGGAAGCUGCGCAAGUAAGGAGGCAGAUGAAGGGGAAAGCGAUCAGUAAAAUACCAGGGUUUAGUGAGGUAUAUGUUAAGGGAAGCAAUCAUGUAUUUUAUGCUGGGGAUGGGGCUAAUACUGAUUUCAAUGAUAUUAAUGAGAUGCUAAGGGAUAAACUUCUGCCAGAAAUGAAAGCAAGUUGUAAUAUGGACCAGUUUAAUAUAUGAAGGAUGAAGAAGGUUCAAAGAUUUUGUUCAUAAAUCGAUCCGUCCGUGAAUGGUAAGUCAACAAUCAGAUAACAUCGGUUGGUUGUUUUUUUCUUUCAAUUUUCAUCAUUAUG